GGAAGACUUUGGAAAGUUGGGGAGCAGCACGUCCGUGUUUUACUCCCAUUUUGGCACCAUUCAACAAGCUGGUACGUAUGGGAUAUAAGGGGGGAAAUGGGUUCUGCAAUGGAGAAGGAAAACUCUUGCUGCAAAUUAGUGAGGGAAGUGUAGUUCAGAGUUGCUGGAGUUGCAAAGAGGCCUUGGACUGCAAGUCUUGGAGGAGGACUCAAGAAAAGUGUUCGGUGCUGCAUCUGGAUGAGUGCAAGGCUUGCUGGGAGAGGAGAAGUGAAGAACUGUUGGUGUUGGAAGGAGAUCCAGACACUGCAAAUCUCUUGGAGAAAGAUUCAAGGAAGUCUUCAAGAGAUGCUGUCGAGGAGAGAUCUUUGGAGCAAGAGCUGGAGAAUACCGAGGUUGGGGAGUAGUCUUCUUAGGAAUUUCUAUCUAAACACAUGUAGUGUUCGAACCUUUAAACUGUUUAAGUUUGAAUUUUUAGUUUCCUUUAUUUUGGAUGACUGUAAUUUCGUACUUAAAUUACACGUCGUAUUCUGACUGUUCUCUAUAUUUGAAUGAUGACGUCUUUAUU